AUGACCGAGUUAAAGAUUCAAAUACUGAGGGGGAUUAACACGUACACGGACGAUUUAAUCCCUAAAAAGAACAUAAAUUUAAACGCUAGGAGGGAAUUUAACACAAACAUCGGGGAUCUGGAUGUUGAUGAUAAAGUGCCAAACCGGUCCAGAAAUUUUGUAGUUUACGAACCUCCCAAAAGAAAUACUAUAGAUAUUGACAAAACCGAUACAAAUGAAAAGAACAAAGAAUUUAGCAUAAAUUUGGAGGGAAAUGAAGGCAAACCUGGGGAAGAUAAAAUUGGUCCGACGGUUGAUAUCGACCUUGGGUCCUUCCUUAUGGCGGAAGAGCCUAAAGACGAUAAAACUGAGCCGGUUAAAGAGAACAACGAGUAUGAAUUUGAUUUAACUGAGAAUACACUAAAUUUUGGAACAAAUGUGACUGAAAAUGAAGAUGUUGAUCCGAUUGAUAGGGCUAAAACGGAAACAGACAGUGGAGAAUCAGAUAGUGAUGAUUCUUUGGAGGAGGAAAAGGAGGAAAAGGAGAAAUUUGUUAAAAAGAAAAAACUAACAAAGGAGGACUUUACUGAUAAAUUUGAAAAAUUUAUGAAUGUGAUGAAGGAGAAGUUCGACAAAGAUGAGAUAAGGGAAAAGCAUGAGAGAAACAUGGAAAAAAUAAAAUUAGGCCUGGAAACAUUAGUAAGUAAAAUGUCAAACAAGAAAAAGGACAGUAUAGAGGCUUCAAAGACAAGGAAAAGUUCAAGUGAAAUCUCGGAUGAUUCGAGGAUUGGAAUCAGCAAGGAAAGUUUAAGUCGUUUGAAGGGUCAAAUGUUUGCAAAGGCCACCGAAGAACUUUUUACAAAUGACUUUCGAAAAAGAUGUUGUUUUAAAGUGGCGAAACGUAAAAAGAGAUAUUAA